CUCUCACCUGUUAAACUUAUCCAAUUACGGUGUGUAUAUCCUUCCCAAAUUCUCCCCCCAAAUCCAAUCCAUCUCCACUGCUGAAUGCGAGUAAUAUAGUGAUGGCUGGUCCUUUUCAACUCUCCUUCUCCUCCUCCUUCCUCCCCUCCCCUCUCCCCGCCACCGCUAAAACCACCGCCGCCCCUCCGCCACUCCGCAGAUUCAGUGUCCUGUGCUCCGCCGCAUCAUCCACAUCGGAUUUGCCCAAGAAGAAGCACUGGAAGGCCGGUGAAUAUCCUGCUCAGAUACAAACCUCCACCACGCAGCUACCCAAAAGGAGAAGCCCUAUCAAAAACAUCAAGAAGAAACUGGAUAACAAGAACAAUGCCAAAGCGUGGGUUAACACUGUCACCGAAUCUCUCUCCGACGCCAUUGACAAAAAACAGUGGCUCCGAGCCCUUCAGGUGUUUGAGAUGCUAAAGGCGCAACCUUUUUAUCAUCCAAAAGAAGGGACAUAUAUGAAGCUCAUUGUUCUUCUCGGUAGAUGCGGGCAACCUGGUCAAGCCUGCCAACUAUUUGAUGAAAUGCUUCAAGAAGGUUUGGAGCCAACUGCUCAGCUCUACACUGCACUGCUUGGUGCUUGUUGCCGCAGCAAUUUGAUUGACAAGGCUUUUUUCUUUCUGGAACAAAUGAAGGCCCUUCCUCAUUGCCAGCCUGAUGUCUACACCUACAGUAUACUCAUAAAGGCCUGUGUCGAUGCUACCCGUUUCGAUCUACUCGAGUCCCUCUAUGAUGAAAUGUCUGAAAGGUGGAUUACUCCUAACACUGUCACUCAAAAUAUAGUUCUUAGUGGCUAUGGCAAGGCAGGAAGAUAUGAAGAUAUGGAGAAGGUUCUUGUAAGGAUGCUCGAAAGUGAGACGAGCAUACCUGAUGUGUGGACUAUGAAUACCAUCAUUAGCUUGUUUGGAAAUGAUGGCCAGAUUGAGAUGAUGGAGAGGUGGUAUGAGAAGUUCCGCGACUUUGGAAUAGAGCCAGAAACGCGCACUUUCAACAUUUUGAUUGGCGCUUAUGGGAAGAAGAGGAUGUAUGAUAAGAUGUCAUCCGUGAUGGAGCACAUGCGCAGGCUUUCAUUUCCUUGGACAACCUCAACUUAUAACAACGUGAUUGAGGCAUUUUCGGAUGUUGGUGAUGCAAAGCACAUGGAGUACACGUUUGAUCAAAUGCGUACCGAAGGUAUUAAGGCGGACACCAAGACCUUCUGCUGUCUCAUUCGAGGGUAUGCCAAUGCCGGCCUCUUUCAUAAGGUUAUCAGCUCUGUUCAGUUGGCGGGGAGAUUGGAGAUACCUGAGAAUACCUCUUUCUUCAAUGCAGUGUUGCAUGCUUGCACCAAGGCACAGGAUUUGAUGGAGAUGGAGAGAGUUUUUAAGAGAAUGAAGGAUAAGUUAUGCCGACCAGAUUCCACAACUUACUCUAUAAUGAUGGAAGCUUAUAGAAAGGAGGGUAUGAGUGACAAGGUCUAUGAUUUGGAGCAAGAAAUGCAGGGGAUGAUCGCAAAGACUUCGAGUGAAGAUGAUGUCGGUGAUAUUGAAGAUACUAGCCCUGAUGUCAAUCAAGUGUUGUCUGUUUGAAUACUUGCCUGAUAAAUUUCUGGUGUCACCUAUAAGCUGUUAUCAGUUGAAAAGCUCAUUUUAGAAGGAUGUGAAGACACAUUUCCAAAUUGGAAAGUCAAGAAGAGUGAGGCAGCCUUACUUGAUGACAACAUCUCUAAUUUCAACCACAUAAGCCAGGGUAAACUCAAGUCAAGAUUUUGUUUGCUUCGAUGCCUCUUCCUUCUGGUGACCAAAAAGUGGUUUAUAGUGCGAGUGUAAUUCAACAGAACCUAAUAUUCCAAUGGAUCCAUGUUGAGGGGGAAGUUUGCUAUGGGGUAAAAAGAGAAUUGGUAGCUUGUGUUCUUAUCUUUUGAUGUGGUUUCUGUUGUUUUCAUUUCAGUGCCAUCAUCCCUUUUAUCCAACAAUUAUGAGUAGCAUUAGCAUGAAUGCUUGAAAUAGGUUUAUUGUGAUUAAGUCAUUGCAAAUGUCUAGUUAAACCAGUAUGAAUUUUGUGUGUUGAGAAAUCUUUAGAGCCUUGUAUUUAGGUGAUUUUUUGUCACCAUUUA